AUGUCUGUAGGUUGGGCUAACCUGCCUAUCCUUCCACUGAGGUGUAUCCUUGAACACCUGAGUGCAAACGAUGCACUUGCAGCCACAUCAACUUGCCAACACUGGCGCAGUGCCAUACAAUUAUAUGAAGGACGCAAAGACGUAAUUAAAUUAAGUGUAAAGAACAUAGAGAAGAGCAUGUUCCUGACUCGUAUAUUUAAAAAGUACACUAAACACUUGCACAUUUACAUUGACACAACAGUUGUAGAAGAAUUGGUGUCCUUUAUGAACUAUAUUUUGCCAUUAUACUUCGAAACAAUAAAUCUAAACGAACUGGCAUUCCUCGGUCCAAGUUACAUUCUUAAGAAUCCAAAUGUGCCAAUACCACAACUGCAAAGAAUAAUAGUGGAGACUCUCGUCUUCAAGAACCUACAUAGUCUACAGAGGCUUCUUUUAACAGGCUGUGAGAUGGCAACACCUAAAAAUGAAAAUGAUAGAUAUGUACACAAGAAUGUGGAGUAUUAUUCGCGGCCGCUGACGUUCAGCACUAAGCGUUGCCUGGAUGACACCAUACUAUCUAGGAGCAACGUGGGAUUGAUGAUGUUCUCUAAGCUACAGUCCAUCGUGAUAGACUACGAGUACUUAAGCUCAGCUACCGUAAACACACUGAGUCGUCUACCGGCAUUGUCGCUGCUCACUUUGAACAUCGGACACAAGCGCCCUCUGUCGUUGCCGAGAUUCGAAUGGCCGCCCGAGACAUUGAACGUCGCUAUUAACGUUAUUGCGGUACCAUUGCACCGCUUCAACGAUAUUAUAGAACAUGUAUUUGUUCGUGGGCUACUCCUGGUUUCACUGAAAGUCAUGUUCUGUAAAACUUUCCAUGUGCCACUGUUAUCGCACUUGUCUCGUUUGUAUAAGUCCACGCUGCAAGAGUUUGUGUGGGUGGACGCCCCCUGCAUGUCUACCACGCCAUUUUACAGGGUUGUCAAGCCUGAACCGUACGAUGUUUGCGUGAAUCACAUUCUACUGAUGUGCUGGCAGUGUGUACAACUACGUAGACUCGUUAUUCAUGGCUACUGGCUCUGGCAAUACGACGUGCUGGGUAUUGUGCGCCUGCGCAGCUCGUUGGAACGCCUUGAAUUAUCAGCAGUGUACAGCCAGCAGAACCACUUCGGUACGGGUGAUAAUCGCAUACUAAGAGUUUUAGCAAAUGACGACUUGGAUAUCUUGGAAGCUCAAUAUAUUGAGAAAAUCAAUGAGCAUACACAAUUUAAAUGGGCGCCAACAACAUAUGAGGCUUUGCCGCCAGCACUCAAGCUCAAUGCUACUUCCAAAGAUCGGGCUGAUUACUACAUGCGUGAAACCUCCAUAUAA